AUAUUAACCGAGGUCUGUUUGCUCGUCGCAGUCAUAAUUUUAAAAUUGAACAACAUGAGCUAUCGACACAUAAUAAUUGCGUUAUCAAUUUUUUUGAGUGAAACAGUGUUUCCUACCUCUAGCGAUGACAGCUUCGUAGUAACAAGCACAGAAUCUACAAAAGAAGAAUCUUCAACGGACUCAAAUAAUAUUCAAGUUAAUCCUCAAAUAUACUCUAUGCAAAUAAAUGCAAAUGUGAGUAACCGGUAUGCAAGAACUCUUAUCACAAGCAAGGUAAGAAAUUUGAAAGACAAAUCAAAAGAAACAACUUUCUCAGUGAUACUGCCAGAAAAUGCAUUUAUAUCCGAAUUUGAAAUGGAAAUUAAAGGAAAAGUUUAUAAGGCCUAUGUAAAAGAAAAGGAAGAAGCCAAGAAAAUUUAUCAACAGGCUGUAUCAAGUGGUCAAAGUGCUGGUCACGUUGAAUUGAAUGCAAGAGAUUCGAAAACAUUUACAGUAUCAGUAAAUAUAGAACCAGAAAGUAAGACAAUAUUUAGACUUGUUUAUGAAGAGCUUCUACAGCGUCGGAUUGGACAGUAUGAACUUAUUAUAAAUAUUCAUCCAGGUCAGAUUGUUGAAGAUCUGGGAGUUCACGUAUACAUUAACGAGAGCAGACCACUCACUUUUGUAAAAACCCCUUCUUUAAGAACGGGCAAUGAAAUAAGCAAGAAUGAUGAAAAAUUGGAUCCUUCUGCACAGAUAGAUGUUAUCAAUAAUACUGCAGUUGUAAACUUUAACCCUGACAUUAACCAACAAAAAACCUUCGCCGAAAAACUCGGUGGUAACAAAGAAAAUGGACUGGCUGGUCAAUUUGUUGUUCAAUACGACGUAGAAAGAGAUCCUCACGGAGGAGAGGUCUUGGUUAGAGAUGGAUAUUUCGUACACUUUUUUGCACCUUCUGAACUGGACCCUUUACCAAAACACGUAGUCUUUGUAUUAGACCACAGUGGUAGUAUGUCGGGAAGAAAAAUUGAUCAAUUAAUAGAAGCAAUGCAAAACAUUUUACCUCAGCUAAAACCAGAAGAUUUAUUUAACAUAAUACGUUUUGCUGAUGAUGCUUCUGUAUGGAAUUCUGUGGAGAAUAAAUUUGUUCCUGUAAACAUAAUUUCACGAGAUUAUGGAUCCCUGGAACCUCAUUUGAAAGAAGCCAAUUUACCGCAAGCCGCAGAAGCUUCUAAUCAAAAUAUAGAAAACGCCAAAAAUAUAGUGAAGGAUAAAUCCGACAUGGGUCUUACUAAUAUAAUAGCUGGUUUAGAAAUAGGUUUGUUCUUGAUUAAAAGAACACAAGAAUAUACUCCCAAUAAAUAUCAGCCACUACUUAUAUUUUUAACUGAUGGUCUACCGAAUGUUGGAAUGAAUUCUGGAGAUGAAAUUACCAAUACAGUAACUAAACUAAAUUCAGGUACAACUUGUGCGCCCAUUUUCUCUCUUUCUUUUGGAUCUGGCGCGGAUAAAAGUUUCUUACAAAAGUUAUCUUCGCAAAAUCUAGGAUUUUCAAGACAUAUUUACGAGGCAGCUGAUGCUUCCUUACAGCUGCAAGAUUUUUACAGUACAAUUUCGUCACCUUUAAUGAGUAAUAUUACGUUUAAAUAUGUGGAUGGUGUGUCAGAUGUGACCAACGUUCGUUAUCCAAUUCUUUUUCAAGGUUCAGAAUUGGUUGUAGCUGGAAAAACAGGAGAAAAUUCCGAUCUCUUGCCUCAAGUUUAUGGUACUUGCACUACGGGACGUGUGAUUUUUAACACUACUCGCACAAAACCUGUUAGUUCCAUAGAAAGACUGUGGGGAUAUUUGACUGUACAACAAAUUCUGAAAGAAAGGGAAACAGCAGAUAACAAAACUGAACUUACAAGGAAAGCACUUGAUUUGGCCUUGAAAUAUUCUUUCGUUACGUCUGUGAGUUCUUUAGUUGUAGUUAAGCCAAAUCAAACAGACGCAGUCGACAGUCAAACCGCAGCAGCAAAGUCAUCACCAGAAUCCUUUGGGCCCAUAUCUGUAGGAAUGCCUGGAGCUCCAGCACCAAAUAGUAGAAGUUUGGGAGUUCCAUACUCAGCACGUGGGUCUGGUGCGUGGAGUACACGAUCAUUUUCAAGUUACCCGAAUCCAUUUAGUGGGGCUUCAGCGAUAAACGGAGGAUUCAGUUCUUCGAAUUACGGACCACUACAAGUGCCUCAGUUUUAUCUACCAAGACAACCUUAUCCUGUUCCGAUUUUCAUCCCCACAACUACUACUGAUACAUCUUUAACUCAGAGUGAAACACUUCCGCAAUGGCUCGAGGAACUCAAAAAGAAUAACCAAAGGAUUACAACACCCCAAGGUUCAUUCCAGCUGGGGCAAAAGAAUGCAGUGACGACUCGUCCCAGCUGUCCCUCAACUCCUACGAAUACCACUGGCGUUUGUACAAUUAUAUUUGAUUGCCCGGAAGUGUUUACGCUUCUUACAGACAUCAACGUUUACCUAAAAUUCUUCUGCCCAUUGAAUGAUUACGCUGGAGUGUGUUGCCCAGUGAAACAAGAAACCACGCCCAGUGCAUGAUGUAAUAAUAAAAAUUAGUUUUUCUCCAAGUGAUCUUUGCAGCAGUGUAGCUCUUAACAAAUAAUAAAAGUUUUACUAAACACAACUCACCUAACAUUUGACACACUUAAGGAAAUAAAAACUCUGUUAAGCACAAAUUUUAGGCAAUUAUUAUUUGUGAACUUUAGUAGAUCCAUAUGUAGAUACACUACGUAGUUUAUUUAACGUACGAAGAGCAAAAAAACAAGCAAAUCGGGCACAAUAUCAAUAGUAGAAAUUUAUGUAGUAACUAUUAGGUAGGUAUUGUAUAAUAUUGUAUUAUCUAUUUUUGCAUUGCAUCAAAAAUUUUUCGCGUUGAUAUUUCCACUAUUUAUUUUUUGACAGUUAACAAACACUGGCAAUACUCACCAUUUGCACCCUUGUCCUGAUUUGUUUAUUACACCUACUACAUAUAAAAUUUGACAACAAACGAUCCAGUAGUUUUAGAGAUUUGACGGUUUCUCAACGACAACAAAUGUUCUACUUUAUCAAAAGUUUACAAUAAAUAGUUUUGAAAAUAA